GAACCUCUAACUCUCCCCCCUCACUUACUUCUCCUGCUCUCACAUAUCUGCUUCUGGAGCCCGAGCAGAGAGAGAUAGCUAGCUCUUGGCCACAGCAGGGUCUUUGGGCAUCCACUGCAACAGAAUGGCUGAGAAGCAAGAGCAACCCCCAGCCACCCAGAAUGGUGAAAAUGCAGAAGGAACAGAAAAUGCAGAAGGUGCAGAAAACGCAGAGGCUGAAAAGCCAAAGUUGGAGCCUCUGCCACCAUUUGAAAUUGUUACCGGGGAACGUCUUCCAGCCUUCUUUUUCAAAUUCCAGUUCAAGAAUGUAGAGUACAGCUCGGGCAGGAACAAAACCUUCCUGUGCUACAUCAUUGAGAUGCAAGGCAAGGAGUCAAAAACCUUACGGGGCUAUCUGGAAGAUGAACAUGCAGCAGCCCAUGCAGAAGAGGGAUUCUUCAAUACCAUCCUGCCCACCUGUGAGCCUGGGUAUCGCUAUGAGGUCACUUGGUACGUCUCUUCUAGUCCCUGUGUGAGCUGUGCCGAACGGAUAGUAAAGGCUCUGAAGAAGAACAGGCACCUGCGUCUCUCCAUUGCAGUGGGCCGUCUCUUCAUGUGGGAGGAGCCUGACAUCCAAGCGGCCCUGAAGCAAAUGAAAGCAGCCGGCUGCAAACUGAGGAUCAUGAAGCCUCAAGACUUUGAAUACAUCUGGAAGAAUUUUGUAGAGCAGGAGGAAGGGGAGGAACCAAAGGCAUUUGCUCCCUGGGACGACAUUCAAGAGAACUUCCAGUAUUAUGAUGAAAAACUAGCUGAGAUUUUGCAUUGAGAUUCAUGAGAAAUCUGCCCAAACUGUGGAGACAAGCAUGAUAUACUUUGACAUCUGGGACUUCCCAGUCAGUCUUCCAGAGCCAAUCUGAAACUGAAAAAAAACACUAUCACAAGUCUCUGGUUGACAUGCCGCUGUGCUGAUAGACUAAAAAUACAUUUACUGUGCUGCAUGUAGGCAUUUGGUUGUUGGAAACACAUAAACCAGCACUACUGCUGUUUGUAUGGAAUGAAAAAUUGUUUAUAAGGUGAAAUGAAGUUAAAGAGCUGCAGUGCAAGGCCCUUUUAUCAUUGCAUAAUUUAGAGAAACAAAUCAAGAUGUAUUAAAAAGAUCCCUACAAAAUAAUGCUGCAAAUUAAACAAAUUUUGCCAAUAUUUAUUUUUUUAUGAGAUUUUCAAGACAAAAGAAAAUCAAGUAUAAAAAGUGUUACUUUCUUUUCAUAAUGCAUAAUUAGUAUCCAUAGGAUAGUAUGAAGAUUAAUUGUGUCACAGCAAAUGCAUCAAAAAGAGCUCAAAAUUGGUUCUACCAGAAACAACCUUAUGGUUGAAAAUAAAAUUAAAAAACAACAAAAUACCUUUACCAAAGUAACCUCCAGGAAACAUUUUUCUGAAAAUAGUAAAAAAUAAAACCUAAGGUAUAUUUCAGAGGAAUUUUCCCAUUUAUAUUUUCUACCCAUCUUCCAAACAGGUACAUAAGCCAUUAUGAGAAAAAAUGUGAUCAGUACCAGUUUCUGUAAUAUCAAUCUGUUUACUGCAUUCAAGGCAACCCAUUUAGUAUGUGCCUGCAUAACCAUCAAAUCUGCAGUUCAAAAGUCACCCUGGUUAGCUCUGCCUACUACAGAUAUUGCAGGUUCACCUUUGUUCCAAAUAAGAAUUUCACUUUAGAAAAUGGUAGAAGAUACUGCCUCCUCUUCUCUAGGAAAUCAAUGAACUAUAAAAUCUCCUCUGCCUCUGAAGUAUAUCAAAUAGCAGCCUCCUCUGAAAGAAUGAAACCUGAUUUCUGCUAAGGUUUUAACAAAUAGGUAUAAUAUGCGUGACUCCCUAUUUGGGGAUGGGAAAGGGGAUUUGCUUUCUCAUGAGUUCCUUUUAGGAAAUGUACAUGAAAACAACCUUUUGCAGUUACUUCUUACAAAACUCUUCCCUCAAACACAUGCUCUACAACAGUGGUUUUCAACCUGUGGGUCCCCAAAUGUUUACGCUUACAAUUUCCACAAAUCCAAACAGCUGGAAAACAGACUGAAAGCUCUGGGAGUUGUAGUCCAAAACACCUGGGGACCCACAGAUUUAGAACUACUGCUCUACAAGAUCCCCAAAUCUUCUGAAGCCGAUUUGGGGGUGGAAUACUCUUGACAAAAGCUGUUCCAAUAGUGAACAUGAGAUAUAGUUUGUUUUUUAACAUUUCUGUUCUCCUGAUCCUAGAUCCCCAGGGGGGCAGAAUAUAGUUAUUCAUGGAAAUAAGAUAACUGGAUAUUAUUGAUAUAUUCAUGUGUCAUUUUCAAGUAUGUAUUAUGCAGACAGAACCUAUCUGGAAAACACUGAUGACAUAUUAUAAGAUCAAAUACUGGAGAGGAUAAGAUCAAAUUUUGGAAGAUUUGGGGGGAAAAUCCAUAUAUUUAAUUGUGUUGUGUAGGUAUGAUUUCUUUAUGAUUUUCUUACAUGUGGCUUUAACAGAACUUUCCAAGAAUUCAAUUUCAGAAAUGGAACUGGCUAUGCAUAAAGGACCUAGCAUUUGUCCAGUGACUGACAGUGCCAUUGCAAAUGGAUAAGAAACAAAAUAAAACACUUGUGGUUAUUUAACUAAUACAAA